GGGAAAUGCCACUCCCAAAAAUCCCACAUUUCACCUCCGCAUUGUCUUCUUCACCAACAGCACAGAACUAAGACUGAGUGCACACUUUCAUAUCAGACAUGAUAAACGUCUUAAACGUAGCGGAGAAGCCGUCGGUGGCUAAAGCGGUGGCGACCAUACUCUCAAAGAACCAGCAGAGCAACGGGCUCAGAGUUAGAGAAGGGCGGUCCCGCUACAACAAAAUCUUCGAGUUCAACUACGUAAUCAAUGGCCAGCCAUGCCACAUGCUCGUCACUUCUGUCACCGGUCACCUCAUGGAGAUUGAUUUCGACGAUCGGUUCCGCAAGUGGCAUUCUUGUGACCCCGCCGAUCUCUUCAAUGCUCCCAUUCGGAAAUUCGUCCCUGAUGAUAAGGCAGACAUCAAAAGGACAUUGGAGGAGGAAGCAAGAAAGUGCCAAUGGCUUAUUCUGUGGUUAGAUUGUGAUAGAGAGGGAGAAAACAUUGCUUUUGAAGUGGUGGAGGUAUGUGGAUCUGUGAAUCGCUACCUUACUAUUCGAAGGGCUCGGUUUUCCGCAUUAAUUGACAGGGACAUUCAUGAGGCGGCCCAGAAUCUUGUUUCUCCUAAUCAGUGGUUUUCUGAUGCUGUCGAUGCUAGGCAAGAAAUUGAUCUCCGGAUUGGUGCUUCUUUCACUAGGUUCCAGACCAUGCUGUUGAGAGAUAAGUUUGUUAUUGAUUCUGCUCAAGAUGAUAGAAACCUUGUUCUAAGUUACGGACCAUGUCAGUUCCCUACACUUGGGUUUAUUGUGGAGCGUUAUUGGGAGAUUCAGUCACACGAGCCAGAAGAAUUUUGGACCAUUAAUUGCUCUCACAAAUCAGAUGAAGGGAUGGCUACCUUCAGUUGGAUGCGCGGACAUCUUUUUGACUACAUUUCUGCUGUUGUACUUUAUGAAAUGUGUAUUCAGGAACCAACCGCAACUGUGACCAAGGUUCAGCAGCAGGAAAAGCGGAAGUACCCUCCACAUCCUUUGAGUACAAUUGAGCUUGAAAAACGUGCUUCACGAUAUUUUAGGAUGAGCUCAGAACAGACAAUGAAGGUGGCGGAAGAUCUUUAUCAAUCUGGUUUCAUAAGUUAUCCUCGUACGGAGACAGAUAGCUUCUCCAACAGGACAGAUUUGCAUACAAUUGUGCGAGACCAACAAGAACAUCCUAUAUGGGGUUCAUAUGCUCAAAGACUAUUAGAUCCUGGAGAAGGACUGUGGAGAAACCCCAGCAAUGGUGGACACGAUGACAAAGCUCAUCCACCCAUUCACCCGACAAAGUUUUCUCCUGGUGAAACUAGAUGGAGUCAGGAUCAUCAUAGAGUGUAUGAACUGGUUGUUCGCCAUUUUCUGGCAUGUGUUUCACAACCAGCCGUAGGGGCUGAAACUACUGUUGAAAUUGAUAUUGCUGGAGAACAGUUUUCUGCAUCGGGGAGAGUGAUAUUAGCUAAAAAUUACUUGGAUGUUUACCGCUUUGAAUCAUGGGGUGGUUCAGUGAUUCCAACUUAUGUCAAUGGACGACAGUUUAUCCCAACAACAUUAACUCUUGAUUCAGGAGUCACCAGACCACCACCACUCUUGAGUGAAUCAGAUUUGCUUAGUUGUAUGGACAAGGCUGGUAUUGGCACGGAUGCGACAAUGCAUGAUCACAUAAAGAAGCUGCUUGAUAGAUUCUAUGCAAUGAAGGAUGCAAACACUCGUUUCUCACCGACUAAUCUUGGUGAGGCUCUAGUUAUGGGAUAUGAUGACAUGGGGUAUGAACUCUGGAAACCAAAUCUCAGAUCAAUGAUGGAGUAUGACAUGAAGGAAGUAAGCGUGGGCAAUAAGAGUAAAGAUGAAGUUUUGCAAACUUGCUUGCAGCAAAUGAAAGCUUGCUUCUUAGAUACAAGGAUAAAUAAAGUAAAACUUCUAGAAGCCAUGGCUGUUUUCUUUGAGAGUUCCGAUAGAUCUGGCGGAAGUGACAAUCAUGCAGCUGUUGACAUUGUCCGGCCAUGUGGACUUUGCCAUGAAUCCAAUAUGGUGCUAAGACGAAAUCGGGAUGGCAAUUUCAUGGUUGGAUGCGUGGGAUUCCCACAGUGUAGGAAUGCGAUAUGGCUCCCUGGACCUGUAAUAGAAGCUACUGUAACUGCCAAUAUUUGCAACCAUUGCACUCCAGGACCUGUUUACUUGAUUCAGUUCAAGUUUCGGCAGCUUGAAAUACCACCGGGCUUCGGUGUCAACCAUUUAGGUUGCAUUGGUGGCUGCGAUGACAUUCUAAGACAGUUAACAGAGUUAUGUGGAACUGGUUCUCGUGCACAAGCAAGAGGUCGAGAUACUAAUGCAUCAAGUAGCAACUUCCAACAAAGUACUGUCAGGACUGGUUCUUGCAUUCACUGUCAGCAAACAGGACAUGCUUCAAGUGAUUGCCCUUCGCAACUAUCAACUUCUCGGCGAGUUCAUUCCCGCCCAAUGAAUCAACAGAUGGGGGAAUCUUCAGUUUCAUGUGGGACAUGUGGAACACCCUGUGUUUUACGUACUGCUAAUACUGCAAAUAACCGGGGAAGAAAGUUCUACUCAUGUCCAUUGCCAACGUGCAACUUCUUUGCAUGGGAGGAUAACUUGAACAAUGGCGUCAAUGUAAGAAAUGCUUCCGGUGCAAGUAAUAGUAACUCGGCAUCUAACCUGGGUAGGAGGGGUGGGCGUGGCAGAGGUGCUCAGAAUGGAGGACGUGGUGCUGAUAUGACUUUUGUAUCAGCCACUGGUGAUCCUAUCUCUGGUAGGAGGGGUGGGCGUGGCAGAGGUGCUCAGAAUGGAGGACGUGGUGCUGAUAUGACUUUUGUAUCAGCCACUGGUGAUCCUAUCUCUGGUAGAUCAUGUUAUGUGUGUGGCGAUCCAUCGCAUUUCGCCAAUGUUUGCCCUAGUCGUAGAUCCUGAUGUAGGGCAGAUGUUGUAGACAACAUGUAUAUGAAUUUGUACACACUAACCUUUCAGGUAUGUCUUUGUUUCAUAAGUUUAAACAUAAAAAAAAAUGGAAUAUUUUUGUUUUA